CGAGGCUGUAUAGGCAAGUGCCGCCGCCGCCGCCCGCCAGCUUCUCGCACGACUUCGCAAGGCAACUGCAGACUUCGGGACCCGCGGCUCGUUCUCGCCCAGGCCAUGUUUUUCAGCCCCGGCUCCCUGGAUUACCCUAUGGAUAUAACGAUGGACAACCACCCCCGGGACGCGCUGAAGAAGGACAGGCAGCUCAGCCUGGCCCAGGACGACCGCCACGACAGCGGCUUGGACUCCAUGAAGGAGGAGGAGUACGAGAAGCUCGUCAACGAGCUGAGAGACAUUCGCAUCGAGCCGGCGGAAGCCUCCGCGGGGCUCCAGAGCGGCCCCUGCCCGCCCGCGCAGGCUUGGAAACUCCAAGUGACCGAAGACGGAGAUACAUUUCUCCAUCUGGCAAUUAUACAUGAAGAAAAGGCCUUGAGUUUGGAAAUCAUUCGCCAGGCAGGACGAGACAAAGCCUUCCUGAAUUCCCAAAAUAACCUCAACCAGACUCCACUUCACUUGGCAGUGAUAACAGACCAGCCAGAAAUCGCAGAGACUCUUCUGAAAGCUGGAUGUGACGCAGAGGUCAGAGAUUUCCGAGGAAACACCCCGCUGCAUAUCGUUUGCGAACAAGGCUCUCUCAGAGGUGUCGGUGUCCUCACACAGUACUGCCAGAAACAACAAAUCGACUCUAUCCUACAGUCAUCCAAUUACAAUGGACACACGUGUCUCCAUCUGGCAGCUAUUCAAGGUUACCUGGCCAUAGUAGAACGCCUCUUGUCCCUGGGAGCAGAUGUCAAUGCUCAGGAGCCUUGCAACGGCAGGACUGCCUUGCAUUUGGCUGUCGAUCUACAGAAUCAAGAACUGGUGUCGCUCCUGCUGAAACAUGGAGCGGAUGUAAACAAAGUAACCUACCAGGGCUACUCUCCAUACCAGCUCACAUGGGGAAGGAACAACUCCUUCAUACAGGAGCAGCUGAGGCAGUUUACGACAUUGGACCUGCAAAUGCUACCAGAAAGUGAAGACGAAGAGAGCUGUGAAUCGGAGUCAGAGUUCACAGAGGAUGAACUCCUGUAUGACGACUGCAUCAUUGGCGGACGACACGUGCCUUGCUAAAGUGGGAGCGUUGCACAAAGCAGAGGCGAGCAAAAUGUGAACAAUUACUGAACACACUGCACAGUACAGAGCGUGUUGUUAGAACAGCAGGUGCUGCCUGCAGUUCAAUGCACAGUUCGGGCAGGAAUGAACUUUGGUUGUCAGACAGCAGAAGAAGCGUGGGCUCAUUUGCACCAGAGAGUAGAUUGUACAAAUAAACGGAACAGAGUGAGAACUUGGACGGUUCACUGCAUGCUCUACAAGGGGGCUGACCCAAGUCGCCAUCUGUUGUGUCCUUUUGGAAGACAUUCCAUAUAUUUCUGACUGACUGAUAACAAUCCAUCCCAAAGACUGAGCUCAGGUGCCCUUUGUGCUGCAUGGCAGGCAGAGCGAUUGCAACCCAAAGAAGGCCUCUUCUACACCCACAGGAAAGGGUAGCAAUUAACAUUCAGGCUGUAUAUUGCAAGACCUAUGCUUUGCAAUAUGUAUAUUGUGUGUAAAUACUGUAUAUUUUGUGAAUAGCUUUUUUUGGUACUUGUGUAUAUUUAUUAAAAAAUCAAAUCAAAUGAGAAA